UGUCACGUGACCGGAAGGGGCGGGGGCCUGCGGGACAGGACCUCGCUUAAAGGGGCCACGACCCGGUGCCCGGGGGGGCUCAGCUCCCCGCCGCCCCCAGCCGGCGAUGCUCUCGCAGCUCUUCAUCCUCUCCUCCAAGGGGGAUCCCUUGAUCCACAAGGAUUUCCGCGGGGACUGCCCCGGCAGCGGCACGGAGCUCACCGACAGCUUCUACCGGCGGGUGACGGCGCUGCGGGGGGACCAAGCCCCCGUCUUCAUGACCCACGACGGCCACCACUUCGUGCACGUGCGGCACGCGGGGCUGUACUUCGUGGCCACCAGCAGCGGCGCAGGGACCUCUCCCUUCGCCUUGGUCGAGUUCCUCAACAGGUUGGUGUCGCUGCUGAGGGACUUCUGCGGCCCCCUGAGCGAGAAGAGCGUCGGCGGCAACUUCGCUCUGAUCUGCGAGCUGCUGGACGAGAUGGUGGACCAUGGCUACAUCCAGACUACCUCGGCCGAGGUCCUGCGCAACCUCCUGCACGUGGAGCCUGUGGCCACCAAGCCCUUCAGCCUGCUGGACCUGGGCUCCAUCGGGCUGUUCGGGGCCGAGACGCAGCAGAGCCGCGUGGCCCCCGGCUCGGCCGCCAGCCGCCCGGUGCUGCCGAUGCACGGCGAGCAGGGCUCCAGGAAUGAGAUCUUCGUGGACGUGGUGGAGAGACUGACUGUGGUCAUCGCUGCCAACGGCACCCCCAUGAAGGUCGACGUCCAGGGGGAGAUUCGCCUCAAGAGCUUCAUGCCCAGCUGUGGGGAGGAGUUCUGCGUGGGCAAAUCGGAGCUGAGGGGCUACGGCACCCCGGUGCGGGUGGACGACUGCAGCUUCCACAGCUGCGUGCAGCUGGACGAGUUCCAGAGCGGCAGAGUGCUGAAGGUCACCCCGGGACAGGGGGAGCUCACCCUCAUGCAGUACCAGCUGGCAGACGACACCCCCACGCCGCUGCCCUUCCGCCUCUUCCCCACCGUGGACCAGGACCCCACGGGGAGGCUCCGGCUCUACCUGAAGCUGCGCUGUGACCUCCCCCCUAAAAGCCAAGCUCUCAACGUCCGCCUGCAGCUACCGGUGCCCAAGGGGGUGAGCAGCCUGGCACAGGAGCUGAGCAGCCCUGAGCAGACGGCAGAGCUGCAGCCUGGCACCAAGUCCCUGUGCUGGAGCAUCCCACGGUGCCAGGGGGGCUCCCAGCUUGCUGCCACCUUCAAGAUGGCAGUGCCAGGCCCGGGGGCGCUGCUGGAGCUGGGCCCUGCCGCCCUCAGCUUCGAGCUGCCAGGGGCCACCUGCUCGGGGCUGCGGGUGCGCUUCCUGCGGGCCCCGGGCGGGGGGCCCGGCGGCGCCCCCCAGCGCUGGGUGCGGUACCUGACCCACAGCGACUCCUACGUGCUGCGCCUCUGAGC